AUGGAGCGGUGGUGGAACGCUCUUGGAGGUGCACAGCAUUAUGGCCAGUGCAAGAACACAGAGAGUUUUGCCCAAACAGCACCUGUUCUGCUACAGCAUUACCCUCUGUAUAGAGUGAGUGAUGCUAUGUGUACAGGUGUAGAUGCAGCCCCACUGGAUGAUCGGUACCAGCUAUUUCAGGAGCGUUAUGAUGUUUUAUCUAAGAAUGCCUCCAAAAAGCUCUUGUGGUGGUUCAAGCCCCGCCUAAUCCUGAGUGGCCACACUCACCAUGGCUGUGAGGUACUGCAUGAAAACCUCUAUCCUGAGAUCAGUGUCCCGUCCUUCAGCUGGAGAAACCGCAACAACCCCAGCUUCAUCCUGGGUACAUUCUCCAGGUCUGACUUCCGGUUGUCAAAGUGUUUUUUGCCGGAGGAGAGGAGCGUGUUAGCACUUUACUGCAGCAGCUGUCUGAUCAUUGCACUGAUAACACUCAGCCAUAUGAAGAUGUUCAGAAGAUCACUGCAUAUGCUAAACAGCCUUCUAAGAAAGCACAAGACUUUGUAACAUGUACGAAAGGCAUGUGAGAGUUAUGUUUGUAUAACAAUGUAACAAUGUUACCAAUGAUAACGAAGUAUCAUUGUUAAUGAUAACAAAAGUUUAACAGGAAGCCCUGAGUUAAAGUGCACAGAAACAAGAAAAUGUUGAAAAUCAAUGAUUUUACUGGUUUGGAUGUUCUCAGUGUCUUCGUUUUCUGGUUUAAAAUGCUGAAUAAAUUAUUUUGAUGUACAAUAGAUUGGUCCAAACAGAAGUCAUAAUUUCAAAACUCUUAACAUAGUCAGUGAAACAGAAGUAUGUGUGGACAAAACUGUGAAUAAUUUUAAAUUGCUUUUACAUAAAAUGCCUUAAAUGACCAUCUCCCAAAAGUCAACUCUUUUUUUACUCUUGUCUUUCAUACUUAACCUGCAAAAGGUUUAUAGAUUUGCAGCACAUUUUUGUUUGAAAAUGUAGCUCAAGGAACACAGCAAAACAACAAUUGGUGGGCAAAGAAGAGUGACAGAGCGUGAGCACCAGAACCCUCAGAAUACAGUACAUACAGUAUGAGCAAUUACACUUUACAUGUUGUUUUUUAUAUUUAAUUAUUUCAUUAUAU